AUGCUUUUCCGAACCGCCACUUCUGUUGCCAUUCUGGCCGCCGCCGCUCAUGUCAGCGCCGAGCCCAAGCCUUACCGCCUGGCCAUGAUGCCCGUCCUUGGCAUGAGCCUCGGUCGCCGCGACACCAACGGAUACAAGCCCGAGCAGACUCAGUGCGGUGAUGGCGAGACUUGCUCCGAGGCCUGUGGUGCUUCCUACACCGAGUGCUCGGCCGGCAACACCAAGCUGUCUCACUGCUACAACCCAUCCGCUGGCCAGAGCUGCUGCACUGACGGCUCCGGUAACGCCUGUGACUCUGGCUACUACUGCACUCACGACUCUGCUCUCACCACCUGGUGCUGCCCGAACAGCAUGGAUCUCGCUGCCUGCGCCGCUGCUUACAAGGUAGCCGGCUCACUCGAGGCUGCCACUGCUCUCCCUUCGACUUCCGCCGUCAGCACCAGCACUUCCAGCACCAGCACCACUCCUGUCACCACCACUGCUGCUCCCACCACCACCAGCUGCACCGAGUCUUCCACCACCACAGCCGCCCCUACAACUACCGCUGCUCCUACGACCACUGCCGCUGCCACCACCACUGAGGCGGAGGAGACCACUGCUGCUCCCGCCACCAGCGCCGGCUUCACCAGCGCCUAUGGCGGCUUUAACAGCACUGCCACCGCCGCUGUGCCCACCAAGCCCAACCAGUCCAAGACUCCUCAGGGCCCCGUUGCUUCCAUCUCCACGGGUGCUCCUCAGCCUCCUCAGUCCUCCACCAUCAGCGGUGCUGCCACCACCAGUGCUAGCGCCCUGCUGCUCCUCGCUGCUGGUGUCAUUGCUCUCCUGUAA